CAAUUCCUGAUGUUCAUAGUGGUACCGUUAGUAGUUUUGGGGACAGGCUGGACUGCCCGACCUGAACCGACCUGCGCUCCCCGGCUCUCUGAUUCCGACUCCGCCUCCCUCAGCACCAACGAGCGAGCGACUCCACAGCCAGUCUGCCGCCACCCCGAAGCCUCUUCUGGCUCCAGUUUGUAUACCAUCCCCCCUCCCCAAACCGGACUCCAUACCACCUUCCCCACUUCUAUUCUCUCUCGCCAAAUGUAGUUUUAAUUUCCCCAGGAGAUCAUAAGAAAUAGUCCCACUUGAAAAGUCCACCAGAAAGGAGUAGCUGUAUCGGAGAAGUUUUCCUUUUUGCACCCGUUUUUUGGCCCUGCUGCGGGGCAGGACAGCGAGAGCAAGUCGGGGGGAAAGGAGCCCGUAUGAUGUGGAUCUGGUACCUUCUGCUUGGUUCGGGGUCAGGCUCAAGUACUGUUGAGAGCCAGCUGCUUCCAGGGAAUAACUUCACCACAGAGUGCAACAUCCCUGGAAACUUCAUGUGUGGAGAUGGGAAGUGUGUCCCAGGUGGGUGGCAGUGUGACGGACUGCCCGACUGCUUUGACAAGAGCGACGAGAAAGGCUGUCCCAAGUUCAAGUCAAAGUGUGCACCUACAUUCUUCGCCUGCGCUAAUGGUGUCCACUGCAUUAUUGGACGCUUCCGCUGUAACGGCUUCAGUGACUGUCCAGAUGGGAGUGACGAGGAGAACUGCACAGGUAACCCACUGGUGUGCUCGGAGGCUCGCUUCAAGUGUCACAAUGGACGCUGUGUAGACCGCAGCUUCUUGUGUAAUGGUCAGGACAACUGUCAGGACAACAGUGAUGAGGAGCUCUGCCUGACUACAGUGGCUCCUGGCCAAGAUUUAAUGACCCUGGAUUAUCGUCUGCGCUACUAUCCCAGCAUCACCUACGCUGUCAUCGGCAGCGCUGUCAUCUUUGUCCUGGUGGUGGCGCUGCUGGCCUUGGUGCUCCAUCACCAGAGAAAGCGGAGUGUCCUACUGCCCAGAGGCGUAAGAGGGAGCUCGCAUCCCCACCACCACCACCAGCCCCUGCUGCUCUCACAUCUGGUCAUCUUGGACCGGGGCCACGUCCAUACCAGAGGUCCAGGUCUAACACCCAGUUCUCCCACUGCAGCAGGCCAGUACAGCUCAACUCCUCAGGCAUUACAACUGCUGUCUGGGACCCCCUAUCCCUCAGGACUCUCCAUGGACUCACCUCCAUCAUACUCACAAGCUGUCUUGGAUGUCAGUCGGCCCCCUUGGUUUGACCUCCCUCCUCCUCCAUACCUCCCGGAUGGGGUGCUUCCGUCAGAGGGUGAGCUGCCUCAAUACGAGGCUUCACAAGACGCUCUGAAUCAGACAACAGCACAUACCACUGCACCCUCCACACCCAGAGCUCUGGCCUCAGGUAUACUGCUGGGUUCAAACUCCAGAGGAGGGUCAGACCAGCUGUAGUGGCUCUCUUAAAGACCGGUAAUAGUGAGACCUAAGAGACUGAAGGACCCGGCUGCAGGGCUGCAUAACAUCAGGACAGUCCACAAUCAGCCCACACGGACUGUGAGACUGAACAUGGCCGAAACGUGGUGCCUGCACGUUAUCUCACUGAAGCACUGGACUGAAACCUGCUCUACCGUACUUGCUAGACAUUGUAUGCUAGCCCCCCCUGCUGGAGUCGUGGUUGCACUACGCCUUAAUUGGUUAAGAUCUUCAGUCAUUUGUCAUCAGUUUGUGCUUCCCUUGAAGAAAAACUGUGUAAUGUCUAGCAGUGACUACAAACUCUGUCUUCAAAGACAUGAUUGCAAAAAAGUGGCAGCACAGGAAAUGGUCAUUGUGAUAGAGUGUAAUUAAGAAAGCGGUGUUAUUCUUCUACUGCAUGUGCAACACAACGUUGGCAGCACCUGCAGAACCGAGUCAAAGUAAAGCAGCAUUUUAUAAUACUCCUCACUGCAAUUUUCAUUUUGCAUCUACAGUAUUCUUCAUAUUGAGGUUUGUAAGACUUAGUUUAGAGACUUUUAUUGUGUUGAAAUUGUAAAAUACCAAAAUACUAGAUUGAAUAGAGUCUGUUGGGAAUUACUGCUACAUUUGGUGACUUAGAGAAUUUCAGGGAUAUCAGGUUGUUGCUUUAUUCAUACUGAUGUCAAUACAAUUUUGAGAGUAUUUCAAGUUGAAGACAGCACAGCGGUAAUGUUAUGUAAGAUUAUAUGGCAGCAAAAGUCGACAUUUUGUGGCCUUUUAGUGGUAAAACGAGAAAUUUCUAAAUGAUUAAUGGAGGUUUUUAUGCUUUUUUCACAGUAUUUCUCUUAGUUAAAUUCUAGAUAAAAAUGUGAAUAGGACCAUUGAGGUUUUUAAAUAAAGCUAGGCAGAAAUUUGAAAUAUAUCCCAUUAUGCAGUCACAUAAAUCAUUCCUCUGAGGAGAAGAACCACCUCUGUUGGCAUAGAUACAGUAGCUUUUUAUUGCAUUUCUGUCUGAAGACCAAUAAUGUUUUAAUGUAAAGACAAAAAGCUAAUACAAAGGAUUUUGCUGAGGCCUUAUUCUGGAACAAUGCGUAUGCGACAUGGUUGUUUGCUCAAAUGAUUCAAGCCUCCAAAAGCUUUGAGAUUAAUAAGCGUACAUGAGAACAUACAGUAUGUGCAUGAGCAAACAGCAUAUGUUUAUCAGCAUCUUGUGUUAGAUUGGUAAAGUUCUACGUGAUAUUUUAAUGUAUAUACAUUUGUCUGUCAUUCAGGAAAAUCACCACCAGUGUUGGAAAAUGAUGACUUUCAUGUCUGAAGGGUCUGUGUGUACUAAGUGUACUGUUGUCUUUGUUCAUUUCUAUGUGCAAGCCACUCAAAGUGGUUUGUACAAAGGAAAGUAAAGAAUUAUAUUUAAAAGUAGAAAACUAGUCAGAGUUUAAGGUGGGAGUUCAAUGUGUAUCAAUGACAUGUAGUUUUACUUCUGUUCUUUAGCCAGGAGUGAUAACGCAGGCACAUGAAAAUGAAUCAAACCAAAGAUUUUUUUUUUUAACCCUUUCUGCAAGGAUAAUACCCUCCAAAGGAAUAAACCUGUCACAACUGGUUAUACCUUUAUUACAUUACAAUUUGCGGUUUGUUGAGUCAGGUGGAAUUAAUGUUAUUUGCUAUAAAACUGGGGGGGGGGAUUCUCAGGACAAACUUAAUGCCAGUCUGUCUGUUCUGUUGUUUAUUAGUUGGGUUUGUAUUAAGACAUGUAGGAUCAAACUGCAUUUGUUCUCAUGACGCCUGUCAUGAUCACGUUAUCCCUUAUAUUCUGUACAUUGAAAGUAAUAUAAAAUUCUGACUCCGAUCUUAUUCUCUGUGUAUGUGUCUUCCUAGAAAGAUAAUGUUUCAUUUUCUCAGCUGCUGAAUAUACUGACAUAAUAUGUUUAUUGCGAAAUCUGGAGCUGAACGCCCAGCCUGU